AUCUGUCAGUGUCAGUGGCUCCAAAACGAAAAUCAAAAUUCUAAUUUCCAUUCUAACCUACAAUUUCAGAGCUGUAAAAAGUUUAAUAUAUGUAAAAACUCAGUCUGAUAAGCAAAACAUAAAGAGGAAGAGCUAAUGAAACUACAACUUAAACAAACUUUUAAAUUUAUGUCACUUAUUUGCUAGAAUCAGUACUAAAAAAUUCCAACUAUGUCGAAAAUGUUGAAUGUUUUGCAGACUUGUACCAAAAUAUUGCCACAAAUAUCAAGUCCUCAAAUCACAAGCUGUAACAAUUGGUUAAGUAAAGCAUGCUUACAUACAAAUUCAACAAAUUAUGCAGUGAAAAAAACUACCACCGCCGCUGGAGGUGUGUUGGGCCUAGGCAAAGGCAAAAAGAAGAUCAGCAAGUUGGGAUCUAUGGAGAAGAAGCAAUUGCCUGUAGAGACAGACCCUGAAAGACUGGUUAACUAUGUGUGUGGGUCAAAUAUAUACAUUACUGGUGAAGAUGUUAAGAUAAAAGAUGACAGUGAGUAUCCUGACUGGCUAUGGACACUGAACACAGGCAAACCUCCUCGCAUCGAAGAUCUGGAUCCUAACACCAAGCAGUAUUGGCUCAGAGUGAGAGCUGCCGGCAUGCGUAGGAACAACAAACUACGCUCCAUGCGCAAGUUCUAGACAAUCCUUCUAUAAGUCUUUAAAGUAGAUUCAAAAGUACCACAUUACUGGACACAUGCAUUUUUUUAUUGGUGUACUUAUGGCAUAAUAUGGAAAGUAAUUAAGUCUAAGUUGGAGCUUGCUCUACUUAAAUAUGACUGUUUACGCUUACCUGGAAGCUGUUUAAAUUAUAGGCGGCAGGAAUCAGAAACCAGUAGUCCUAACAUGUGUCAUGAAAAGAAAAAACAUUUUGUCUAUGAAUAGUGACAGAAUCAAAAAUAAUGCUCUGUGUCCAUCACAUCAAAAGAGACUGAGAUAUUUAUCCCUUCUCUUCUGUCAUGUCUGGAGUACAAAAGGGUUUUGCCUGUUUCAUUUGUACAAUUUAAAUAUGUAAAAGCAAAGUUUUUUUGCAAAAUUGCUUCUAUGUCCACAUAAGGUGGAAGGAACAAAAUUGGUGCAGCCGAAAACAUCCAUAAAGCAUUCUAAAGUGUGUGUGUCUAAUUAUGAAUUAAGGUUGAAUAAAAGUUAUUUAGUAAAUAAUAUUGUUAACAGAA